AUGCUGAGCUUCCCGCUGCAUGGUCCUCCAAUGAGGCUGUGUAUGGGCCUUGUCUGUAUCCUCCCUCUCUGGAAUGCAGUGUCUGGUCUUAAAGGAGAAGGCAAGAAAGAUAAGGAAAUGGCCCUGCUACCUGCAGCUGUAUCUGGAAACGAAGGACUCAAGAAUGAGAAAUAUGGAUCCUUCCUUCAUACAGCAGAGUCUGCCUUCAGAGAAAAGAAGACGGUAAAGGGGGUAGAUGUCCUUGCAACUACAGAACUCCCAGCAAGGUCAGUUGAUCUGUCUGCACUCAACCUGACAGAGCUUGUGAAUGGGAUGCUCAGUAGGGCUUUAAAAGAUAGCAAGCAAUUCUUCUCCGUGCUUAGCAUCACUUCUUACAGUUCAUUUGCCUUUCACAAGGUUUCCGUGGCGAUCUACAACAUUUCCAACCCAAAGACAGUUGACCCAGCCAAAUUCCCUACCAGGUAUUGCUACUGUUUGAGCAACAGGACCAAUGACUUAUCAGAUUUCACAGCGUUGCUGGUGGACAUUGUUGGAAAUUCUACCAGCUACCUCACUGAGAUUUUUAAAUCAACCUCCAUCCUCUCUGUGAGUCAGACCAAUGAAUCAGACUGUGUCUUCAUCUGUGUGAUGGUGGGAAAGUCAGGAAGGAAUCUUUCUGACUUCUGGGAAAUGGUGGAGAAAUCCCCUGUUAUCAACUACACAUUUACUAGUGGUGUGUCCAGUGCUUUGGCAACUACCAGGGGAACAGUAAGGACUUCAAGGCUCACAACUCAAAGCCAACAUUCACUUCUAAGAUCAUAUACUACACGUUGGACCACACAAUGGGUAUCUGCUCUGAAGACCUUCCCCUGGACAAAGACAAGUACUCCUUCAGAGAAAGAGGUGACAGAAAAUGAACAGAUGUUUCCAGAGCUUCCUGUUGAGUCCAUAGGCACACAGAGUAGUGUCCCGACCUCAACGAACAUGACCAGAACACCAUGGGUGACACGUAGAUCCACACAAGCACCUACUGUCUUGUCUGGAUCCAUGUCUGUGCCACUGACUGUGGAUGAUAGCACACCUGGAGGGCCACCCUGGACAAGCCUUCCCUCCACAUCAGCCUCCACUGAAGAUGCCCAGGAGCUCAGCAGCACAGAAAGCCAGUUGCAUCCUACUGGGAUACUGACCACACCCAGCAGACUAGCACAGCCCAGCAUAGUCUCAGGAACACUCAUGCCUGGAACACAGACUACAAAUCCAACUAAAGCACCAGCUCCUAGAGUCCCACAGACAGAUGAUAUUCCUGCAGAGUGGUCAAUCACCCCUGAGAAAGAGCCAGCCCGGGUCCCAGCAACCCAUCAUGUUUCAAACUGUCCUCGGCCACUCCCCAAAGAAGAGGCCAUUACAGAUACUCCUCUGCCCCUGACCAUGAAGAAACUCAACCCAUGCCUGAUGGAACUGUGUCGCUUCUUCCAGCAAUGCCUCUGCUCAGUCCGAAAGCGGGAUUUCAGUUCAGAAGCCAUGAGUAGUUGUUGCCUGCCAAAGAAAAUCAGGAGGCAGAUCACACACUUCAUUAGGUGA